AUGCCUUCCCCGGCUCCAAAAGGCAUUCGCAUCGCCAUCGACCGAGGUGGGACCUUUACCGAUUUUUGGGCAAGUAUCCCCGGUCGCAAGGAAGACGUGGUCUUCAAACUUCUCUCGGUAUGUCCGGACCUCUAUCCAGACGCUCCCACCGAGGGGGUCAGGCGGAUCCUGGAAAUUGCCGGCCAAAAGACAAUCCCUCUCGGUGAAACAUUGGACAUCAGUGACGUAGAGAGUAUACGAAUGGGCACAACGGUCGCAACCAAUGCUUUACUGGAACGCAAAGGGAAGAAGGUAGCCCUGCUGCUCACAAAGGGGUUUGGAGACCUUCUCGUCAUCGGUAACCAAGCUCGCCCUAAAAUCUUCGAUCUAGCUGUGAGAAAGAUGGAACAGCUCUACCAAAAGGCGGUCGAAAUUGAUGAGCGCGUCACAGUGGAGGGAGCCACCGAAGAUCCCGAAUCAUCACAACUCAUUGACUUGAAUGAUCCCGGCCUUGUCGUCGGUCUCUCUGGAGAAUAUAUCAGAAUUCUGAAGAAGCCUGAGUACGACAUUGUUCGGAGAGAUCUGCAGAGCCUUUGGGAUCAGGGAUAUCGCAGUCUCGCAAUAGCCCUCAUGCAUUCCUACGCCUACCCCGAACACGAGGCCAGGGUCACGCAGAUCGCCAGAGCCAUUGGCUUUGAUAUUGCCGUCUCGUCCGAAUUGCAACCCAUGAUCAAGGUCGUCAACAGAGCGCAAUCUGCAACGGCUGAUGCAUACCUGUCGCCAGUGAUCCGAGAAUACCUUGCCAGUUUCACGCAGGGGUUCAAGGGCGCCUUUCAAAAUUCUCAAGACUCGAACAAGUUGUUGCUCUCGCAGUCUGAUGGAGGGCUCACGACCUUUCAGAACUUCACUGGGCUUCGUGCCGUCCUCUCGGGGCCCGCAGGUGGCGUGGUAGGAAUGGCCAAGACGUGUUGGAAUGAAUCAGAUGGUACACCGGUGAUUGGUUUUGACAUGGGAGGUACCAGUACCGAUGUCUCUAGGUUUGGAGGCAGAUAUGAACACAUGUUCGAGAGCACCACCGCCGAGGUCACUAUUCAAAGCCCCCAACUGGACAUCAAUACAGUCGCAGCUGGUGGGGGGUCGAUGCUGUUCUGGAGAAACGGCCUCUUUGCGGUUGGUCCAGAUUCUGCUGGUGCCUUUCCUGGCCCUGCAUGCUACGGCAAAGGUGGACCGUUGACUAUCACGGAUGCGAAUCUAUUUCUCGGCCGCAUAUUGAGCGAUUACUUCCCCAAUCAGCUUGACCAUGAGGUGGUGAAGGCCAAGUUUCUCGAACUGACGGAGUUAGUCAACUCUGAAAAGUCUGGGGACGAACCAUUGACGCCUGAAGAGGUGGCCCUCGGCUUCCUCCAGGUUGCUAACGCUGCCAUGACCAGGCCUAUCAGGACCUUGAGUGAAGGGCGCGGAUUUGAGACAGCGUCUCAUAACUUGGCUUGCUUUGGUGGCGCUGGAGGCCAGCAUGCUACGGCAGUCGCCCGAGAUUUAGGCAUCAAAAGGGUUCUCAUACACCGUCUCUCCAGUAUCCUCUCGGCAUACGGGAUGGCGCUGGCUGACGUCGUAGUCGAUUUACAAGAGCCCGAAUCUGUCGCAUUUGAACCCGGCACGAUUCCUCAUAUCAAGGGGCGUUUAGAUAGCCUACGCCGGAAGGCCCUCGAGCGACUUCUGCCUCAAGGUUUCACGGAGGAACAAUGCGUUCACCAGAACUUCCUCAACAUGAGAUAUGAGGGUAGCGACACCGCCCUGAUGGUCCCCGAGCCGGACGACAUCAAAGACUUUGCCGAGGCUUUCUUCCGCGCCCAUCUGCAAGAAUUUGGUUUCACGCAGUACCGUCGGGUAUUGAUUGACGACAUCCGUGUCCGGAGCGUGGGACGAGGCCUUGAUGUACAAGUUUCCGAUCCGUUCGAGCAACUGAAAGAUCAGGAACAUAUCCGUGUCGGCCAGUCCGAGGCCGCGUCGACACGAUCGGUCUAUUUCGAAAAUAUAGGCUGGACCGACACACUUGUCUUUCACCUCGCAGAGUUGCCCAAAAAGGCCAAGGUGGAUGGCCCUGCUAUCAUUAUCGACUCAACGCAGACCAUCGUCCUUGACCCUGCCAGUCAGGCUAGAAUUCUGGAUGAGUACAUCGUCAUCGAGCUCGUCGAUGCCGAGAAGAAAACAGUCAACAGUGAGGUCGUGGAUCCGAUUGCGCUAUCGGUUUUCGGACACAGAUUUAUGAGCGUAGCUGAACAGAUGGGUAUCGUGAUGCAGAAGACGUCCAUAUCUACCAACAUCAAGGAUCGACUCGAUUACUCUUGUGCCAUCUUUUCUGCAGAUGGCGGAUUGACUGCCAAUGCGCCUCAUAUCCCAGCGCAUUUGGGGUCAAUGGCGACCGCUAUCGCCUAUCAGGCGAGCAAAUAUGCCGAGAAGGGAUCUCUGAGGCCUGGUGAUGUGUUGCUGUCCAACCAUCCGUGCGCCGGUGGAACCCAUUUGCCCGAUCUCACCGUCACCACACCAGUUUUCGAUGAAGCCGGAGAAGAGAUACUGUUUUUCGUGGCCAACCGAGGCCAUCAUGCCGACAUCGGUGGCAUUGCGGCGGGUUCCAUGCCUGGGAAUUCGACCGAGCUGUGGCAGGAAGGCGCCGCCAUCGAAUCCUUCAAGCUCGUCAAGGAGGGCGUCUUCGACGAAGAUGGUCUUCGAGAGCUCCUCAUCGACAUCCCCGCGUCGUAUCCAGGGUGCAGUGGCACCCGAACCUGGAGAGACAACGUCGCAGAUCUGAAAGCAGGAAUUGCGGCCAAUACCCGCGGUACUCAGCUUUUGCAGGCUCUUAUCAAAGAGUACAGCUGGGAUGUCGUCAAAUUCUACAUGAAGUCGAUUCAGAAGAACGCAGAAGAGAGCGUGCGCGAGCUCCUCAAGGUCCUCAGCAAGCGCUUCCGCGGUCUUCCUCUGUCCGCCGUCGACUACCUUGACGAUGGUACCGAGCUCAGAUUGAAGGUCACCAUCGACAGUGAGACAGGAUCAGCCAAGUUUGACUUCACAGGGACUGGGCCCGAAGCGCUGAACAACCUGAAUUCACCACCGGCAGUGAUACACAGUGGUAUCAUUUACAGCCUUCGUUCAAUGAUGCAGUCCGACAUCCCACUCAAUCAAGGAUGUCUCGCCCCGAUCGAAGUCAUCUGCCCUCCAAACACGAUCCUGUCACCGAGUUUGACCGCUGCGACGGUCGGCUCCAAUGUGGAGACGGCUCAACGGGUCAUCGAUGUCAUCUUCAAAGCGUUCCAGGUCACCGCCGCCAGCCAGGGGACAUGCAACAACCUGACCUUCGGCUACGGUGGCACCGAUGCCCAGGGCAAAUUUACAAAAGGCUUCGGCUAUUAUGAGACAAUCGCAGGCGGCACUGGUGCAGGGGCCGAUUGGGUUGGCCAGAGCGGCGUUCACGUCAAUUCUUCGAACACCAGAAUGACGGACCCGGAGGUCUUUGAGAAACGCUACCCAGUUCUGCUGCGAGAAUUCUCCAUCCGCAAGGGCAGCGGCGGUGAUGGGCUGAAUCGGGGUGGUGACGGUUGCGUUCGCGACAUUGAACUUCGCCGGAAAAUGACAGUCAACAUACUGUCUGAGCGCCGCGUAGUGGCGCCCUAUGGGCUGAACGGUGGUGAGCCGGGGAAGAAGGGUGUCAAUCUCUGGGUGAAAAAGGAGGCGGACCGGUCGACCAAGGUCAUCAGCAUGGGAGGAAGAUCAACGGCACUGAUGAACAUAGGCGACCGAGUCAUCAUCAAGACCCCUGGCGGUGGUGGCUACGGGACACCACCUUCGGCGAAAAGGCCAGCCGAGAGCUUGUUCGAGUUCAAGCUGCACGAGGCUUUCAUCAGAAACCCGUCGUCCUACAAGGCCUCGGGAAGUGUUGGGAACCGGGCAGCUGUCGCGGCGUCGAAUUAG